GCCGAAGGGGGCCGGGAGGCGCCGCACCACGGCGGCAGCCAGGGCAGAGCCUCCCCGGCGGUGAACGCGGAAUUUUUCAAGCAGCUGCUGGAACUUCGCAAGCUGUUCUUCCCAAAGCUGGUGAGCGCCGAGCUGGGCUUGCUCUGCCUCCACUCGGUCGCUCUGGUUUCCAGGACCUUCCUCUCCAUCUAUGUGGCCGCCCUCGAUGGGAAGAUUGUGAAAAGCAUCGUGGAAAAAAAGCCCAGGAGCUUUGUCUUCAAAUUAAUCAAAUGGCUGAUGAUUGCAAUCCCGGCCACUUUCGUGAACAGCACUAUACGGUACCUGGAGUGCAAGCUGGCCCUCGCCUUCCGCACGCGCCUGGUGGAUCACGCCUAUGAGACCUACUUUGCCAACCAGACUUACUACAGAGUGAUCAGCAUGGAUGGGCGGCUGGCCAACCCUGACCAGUCCCUCACCGAGGACAUCAUGAUGUUCUCACAGUCCGUGGCACAUCUCUACUCCAACCUCACCAAGCCCAUCCUGGAUGUUGUGCUCACCUCCUACACCCUCAUCCGCACAGCGCGGUCACGGGGGGCUAACCCCAUGGGGCCCACGCUCCUGGCUGGGCUUGUCGUCUACGCUACAGCCCGCGUGCUCAAAGCCUGCUCUCCCAAGUUUGGCAAGCUGGUGGCCGAGGAGGCGCAGAAGAAAGGCUAUCUGCGCUUCAUGCAUUCACGCAUCAUUGCCAACGUGGAAGAGAUCGCCUUUUACCGAGGGCACAAGGUGGAAAUGAAACAACUGCAAAAAAGCUACAAGGCUUUGGCAGAUCAAAUGAGUCUCAUUUUGUCCAAACGUUUAUGGUACAUCAUGAUAGAGCAGUUCCUGAUGAAGUAUGUCUGGAGUAGCUGUGGUAUGAUUAUGGUGGCUGUGCCCAUCAUCACCGCAACAGGAUUUGCAGAUGGCGAAUUGGAUGAUGGCGAGAAACAGGCAAUGGUUAGUGAAAGAACAGAAGCUUUUACUACAUCACGAAACUUGCUGAUCUCUGGAGCAGAUGCUAUUGAAAGGAUUAUGUCUUCAUACAAAGAGGUUACUGAGCUAGCAGGCUACACCACCCGUGUCUACAACAUGUUUUCAGUCUUUGAUGAGGUGAAGAGAGGCAUCUACAAAAGAACUGCUGUUGUUCAAGGGUCUGAAAACAACAGCAAGAAUGAAGAUAAAGCAGAAUUACACAUCGAUGGGCCCUUAGAAAUCAAAGGGGAAGUUAUUGAUGUGGAUCAUGGAAUUAUUUGUGAAAAUGUUCCUAUUAUUACUCCAAAUGGCGAUGUGGUGGUUUCCAGACUAAACUUCAAAGUCCAGGAGGGGAUGAAUCUUUUAAUCACUGGACCCAAUGGCUGUGGAAAGAGUUCGCUUUUCAGAAUUUUAAGUGGUUUGUGGCCUGUGUAUGGAGGAGUUCUCUACAAACCCCCUCCACAGCACAUGUUUUAUAUACCACAAAGGCCCUACAUGUCCAUUGGAACGCUGCGUGAUCAAGUCAUCUAUCCAGACUCAGUGGAUGACAUGCAUGAGAAAGGCUACCAAGAUCAAGAUCUGGAGUGUAUCCUGCAUAUGGUUCACCUGUACCACAUAGUUCAAAGAGAAGGAGGCUGGGAUGCUAUCAUGGAUUGGAAAGAUGUCUUAUCAGGAGGAGAAAAACAAAGGAUGGGCAUGGCUCGGAUGUUUUACCAUAAGCCGAAAUAUGCAUUGCUGGAUGAAUGCACGAGUGCUGUAAGCAUUGAUGUUGAAGGAAAGAUAUUCCAAGCUGCAAAAGCUGCUGGGAUAUCCCUGCUUUCUAUAACACACAGACCUUCUCUUUGGAAGUACCACACUCACUUGCUGCAGUUUGACGGACAAGGCGGCUGGCGUUUCGAGCAGUUGGACACCGCUAUCCGUUUAUCACUGAGUGAGGAAAAACAGAGACUGGAAUCCCAACUUGCAGGAAUUCCUAAAAUGCAGCAGAGACUGAAUGAACUGUGUAAAAUCUUGGGAGAAGACUCAGUGCUUAAAACAAUGGACAAAGAGGAAUAAAUAAUUUAUGUUUU